CACAAGUGGGUGUGUCUAUGGAGGCAGGUAAGCUGUGUCCAAACCUGCUCACCUUGUCAGCUGUUGCACCAAACCAGCUCCACAUACCUGCAUUUAGUGCACUGGAACAGUCUGUCUCUGCACUUCUCUCAAUCUGCCUUUAGAUCAAAGUGGUUUUGCUAAAAUAGCAGAUAUGCCGGUCAUAGUGUUUUGUUCCAACGUGAGCGGUUCCAGAGAGAUUAAGACAAAACAGAACAAAAUCUUUCAUGUCCUGGACGGCAAGAAGAUUGCCUACCAAAUUGUCGACAUUUCGGAAGAUUCUAAAAAAAAGGAUUUAAUGAGGAACCUGGCAAAGAACUCGACUGCACUUCCUCCUCAAAUAUGCAAUGGGAACAACUACUGUGGGGACUACGAUGCGUUUGAAAAUGCAAUCGAGGAAGGAGCUUUAGAGAAGUUUCUCAAACUCUAAAAGGAAUGGAGACCUGGACAACAAUCUCUAAAAUACUCUAUUGACAUCUCUGUGUCCUGUUAUUUGAUUUGGUUAUCAAGGAAAUGUACCUUUUCCAUUUGCACUUGCCUAAUUUUCAGGGAAAUCCUAAUGGGAAUUUUUGGAUUUGCACAUCUGAACAGUUUGUAUGAUUAAAAAAUAAAAGAAAUCCUAAAAUCAUUUGAACUCU